UAUACGAUAUACGAACGACGUCACCUGUCAAAAAACUUUCGCAAUGUAAGCAUUUUCUAURAAGUCAAGGUUUAUUUAUCGCGAAGAUUUUCGAAGACAACAGUUUCAACUUCGAUGUCAUGUCAAAACUUUUCCGAUUGAAGAAAAGCUCGGCGUCYCCAAGAGAAAAGUUUGACAAAGUUAUUCAAAGAUACACAUUCCAACCCCGACAUGCUUGGGAUGUUCUUCAAGUUUCUCAGGCUGUAAACACCGUAGAGCCACUGGAUUCAAGCUCUACAAAACCUCCAAACCAUACAAGAUUUGUCUGUAUAUCAGAUACUCACUCGAUGAAGAACUUCACGCAUCCAAUUCCUGAUGGAGAUGUUUUGAUMCAUGCAGGCGACUUCACYAUGGUUGGCAAGAGAGAGGAAGUAGCUGAAUUCAAUAAGUUUAUGACUUYACAGAACCAUCCACAUAAAAUUGUGAUUGCUGGWAAUCACGAUAUAGCUUUUGAYGAGGAGAAUUAUGARUUUYUGUAUCCRUACUGGAGUGGAUCUGUGGGGCAAAAGCUUGAGGUCAAAGAAGUCAAAKCUUUGCUGGAUUCAAGUAAAAUCAACUAUUUGGAGGAUUCAGAAGUUGUUAUAAAUGGAAUACGCAUUUAUGGAUCACCAUGGGUUCCUGAGUUUGGAAAUUGGGCAUUCAUGAUGAACAGACAAACAAUUAAAGAAAAAUGGGACCAAAUACCUGAUGAUACUGAUGUGCUGGUCACUCAUGGCCCACCAUUAGGAUAUGGUGAUUACUGCUUUAAUGGCGCUCGGGCUGGAUGCCUCCAUCUACUAGAUGCUGUGCAAAAUCGCAUUAAACCAAAAUAUCAUAUUUAUGGUCAUAUUCAUGAAGGGUAUGGAAUACGAACCAAUAAUGUUACUACGUUCAUCAAUGCAUCUAUAUCGACUGUGCGCUACAGACCAGAGAAUAAGCCAGUUGUCUUUGACCUUCCCAACAAAUGAUGCAAAAUUUUAUAAUAAUGAAAUACACUGCAAAA